AUGGCAACAAAUUCCAGUCUCGUUAGUUUUGAUCGUUAUAACCAAUACAACAAAGGAUCAUGUACACACAAUAAGGAUUUUUUUGAAAAUGGAACUGAAUGGUGGGAAGUGGAUCUUCAAGAGCUGUAUAAUAUAACUGAGGUCAUUGUCUAUAGCAGGGCAGACACAUGUUGUUUAAAUUGGUUAGAUGACUAUGUUCUAUACAGUGGAGUGAAUUGUGAAACUGGUAUUUGUUACAAUGAAUGCUACAACUACAACAAAACACAAGAAACCGUUAAAGUCAAUCGUAUACCAGAGGGUUGUAUAGCUCAACAUAUUCGUCUUUCUGUGAUCCACAAUAGCCUUGUUUUGUGUGAAGUUGAAAUAUUUGGAGAACUUAAACCCUUAGUAUCAUCAACAUUACUACCAAGUAGAGAUAUAUCUUCUGAUGGUCAAGGAAUGGUGGUAACUACCUCUGAACAACUCAUGAAAACAUCAAUAGAAGCAAAUUCAUUAUUUACCGACGUAAACAGUUCUCUUGAUACGGUUGAUAAAGCAAGUUCAACAGAUUCUUUUAGGAUUACGCCAUAUACGUCCGAUCUGGAAAGUAUUGAUGUUGAUCCAACUUUUAGUUCUUUAGACUCCACCACGUCGUCAUCCAACAACCAGAUCAUUCCGUCAUCAUCUUAUGUGAGCGAACCGUAUUCAGAAACUGAAAGUUUGUUACCAACAAGCCGUUUACCAUUCGUUUCUCAAAGUCAAUUUGCUACUUUAUCAUCUUACCCUGUCGAAGAAUCAUCAUGGGAAAGCAUAUCACCAACGAUACCAAUAUCAACCAAAUUGCCAUCGUACUCAGACAUAAAUUCUUCUACACAAGAUACCAGCAGUGACCGAACGUCUCAUGUACCACAGUUUCCUGAUGAAGCAACCAUAUCAUCAUCAAUAGGGAUCUCUACCACAAUUCAUACUAACUGUCCGUGCUUAUGUUCAAAAUUGACUUUUGAUGAAAUCCGAGAGAAAAUAAAAUAUAUCACCAAGAGUUUAAGUUUACCAAAAAAUAAUUUGUCAAGUUUCAGACGCAAAAAGAAGACAGCAGACGACAAUCGGUUUUCAGCUACUGUGGCAGGAUAUACCGGUACGGCUAUUUUGUGUUGUGUAUUUGGAUUUCUUGUGUCCGGCGAUGUCUCAACACUGUUGAAAUCUACAGUCAUAUGGAUUCGAAAAUAUAAAUCAAACUGUAGUUAA